GGCUGCGACUGUACCGGGCCGCGGGGUAAAGAUCGGGAGGCGGGAGGCGCAGUGACUGAGGCGCAUCUGCACUGUUGACCAUGACUGUGCCUUCGGUGGCGUCGCUCGUUGGCCCGUUUUUUCUGAGGUUUCCCUAAGCCAUCCCUCGGUGGAACUGCUCCCAGAUUUUGUGUACAAGUGCUUGUGGAAAAGAUGGCUGAUAUUAACCUCAAGGAAAUAACUUUAAUAGUAGGUGUGGUUAUUGCCUGCUAUUGGAACAGCCUGUUUUGUGGUUUUGUUUUUGAUGAUGUUUCCGCAAUACUGGAUAAUAAAGACCUGCAUCCAUCUACACCUUUAAAAGCUUUAUUUCAGAAUGACUUCUGGGGAACCCCUAUGUCUGAGGAGAGAAGCCACAAAUCUUACCGUCCAUUAACAGUACUGACAUUUCGCCUAAAUUAUCUGUUUAGUGAACUAAAACCAAUGUCAUAUCAUCUCUUAAAUAUGAUUUUUCAUGCUGUGGUCACUGUGAUAUUUCUUAAAGUCUGCAAACUUUUUCUGGACAACAGGAGUAGUGUGAUUGCUUCUUUACUUUUUGCAGUGCACCCAAUACACACAGAAGCAGUAACAGGUGUUGUGGGAAGAGCAGAACUUUUGUCAUCUAUAUUUUUUCUAGCUGCAUUUCUGUCAUAUACCAAAUCAAAAGGACCAGAUAAUUCCAUAGUGUGGACUCCAAUUGCAUUGACAGUGUUUUUAGUGGCUAUUGCAACGCUGUGUAAAGAACAAGGAAUAACAGUUGUGGGAAUUUGCUGUGUGUAUGAAGUAUUUAUUGCCCAGGGGUAUACUUUGCCAUUAUUAUAUACUACUGCUGGACAGUUUAUCCGUGGAAAGGGUGGUAUUCCCUUUUCUAUGCUACAGACACUAAUAAAACUCAUUGUUUUGAUGUUCAGUACACUAUUACUUGUCGUGAUUAGAGUCCAGAUUAUUCAGUCCCAACUUCCAGUAUUCACCAGGUUUGAUAACCCAGCUGCUGUAAGCCCAACUCCUACAAGACAGCUAACUUUUAACUACCUCCUUCCUGUGAAUGCGUGGCUCCUAUUAAAUCCUUCAGAGCUCUGCUGUGAUUGGACCAUGGGAACAAUACCACUUAUAGAGUCAUUUCUAGAUAUUCGGAAUCUUGCCACCUUUACUUUCUUUUUCCUUUUGGUGGCUUUGGGAGUAUUCAGUCUCAGAUAUCCUGGUGAUUCCUCCAAGACUGUUUUAAUGGCACUUUGUUUAAUGGCAUUACCAUUUAUUCCUGCAUCGAACCUUUUUUUUCCAGUUGGAUUUGUGGUUGCUGAGCGAGUAUUAUAUGUUCCUAGCAUGGGGUUCUGUAUUUUGGUAGCCCAUGGAUGGCAGAAAAUAUCAAAUAAAAGUGUAUUAAAAAAGUUAUCCUGGGUUUGUCUGUCUAUGGUGAUAUUCACUCAUGCCUUAAAAACACUCCACAGAAAUUGGGAUUGGGAGUCCGAAUAUACAUUGUUUAUGUCAGCCUUGAAGGUAAAUAAAAACAAUGCCAAAUUGUGGAAUAAUGUGGGUCAUGCUCUGGAAAAUGAAAAGAACUUUGAGAGAGCUUUGAAAUAUUUCUUACAGGCUACUUAUGUUCAACCAGAUGAUAUUGGUGCCCACAUGAAUGUAGGAAGAACUUAUAAAAAUUUAAAUAGAACCAAAGAAGCUGAAGAAUCUUAUAUGAUGGCCAAGUCACUUAUGCCUCAAGUUAUUCCUGGUAAAAAAUACGCAGCUAGAAUUGCCCCUAACCACCUAAAUGUUUAUAUCAAUUUGGCCAACCUGAUCCGAGCAAAUGAGUCCCGACUGGAAGAAGCAGACCAUCUGUAUCGACAAGCAAUAAGCAUGAGGCCCGAUUUCAAGCAGGCUUACAUUAGCAGAGGAGAAUUGCUUUUAAAAAUGAAUAAACCUCUCAAAGCAAAAGAAGCAUAUCUUAAAGCGCUGGAGUUGGACAGAAAUAAUGCAGAUCUUUGGUACAACUUGGCAAUUGUUCACAUUGAACUUAAAGAACCAAAUGAAGCCCUAAUAAACUUUAAUCGUGCUUUGGAACUAAAUCCAAAGCAUAAGCUAGCAUUAUUCAAUUCUGCUAUAUUAAUGCAAGAAUCAGGUGAGGUUAAAGUCAGACCUGAAGCUAGAAAACGACUUCUAAGCUAUGUAAAUGAAGAGCCACAGGACGCUAAUGGUUAUUUCAAUCUGGGAAUGCUGGCCAUGGAUGACAAAAAAGACAGUGAAGCAGAGAUGUGGAUGAAGAAAGCCAUAAAAUUACAAGCUGACUUCAGAAGUGCUUUGUUUAAUCUGGCUCUGCUGUAUUCUCAGACUGCAAAGGAAUUACUGGCUUUGCCAGUUUUGGAAGAGUUACUCAGAUACUAUCCUGAUCAUAUUAAGGGCCUCAUUUUAAAGGGGGACAUUCUGAUGAAUCAAAAGAAAGAUAUACUUGGAGCAAAAAAAUGUUUUGAAAAGAUUUUGGAGAUGGAUCCAAGCAACGUGCAAGGAAAACACAAUCUUUGUGUUGUUUAUUUUGAAGAGAAGGAUUUAUUCAAAGCUGAAAGAUGCCUGAUUGAAACAUUGAGAUUAGCACCACAUGAAGAAUAUAUUCAGCGCCAUUUGAAUAUAGUCAGGGAUAAAAUUUCUUCAUCUAGCUUAAUAGAACAGCCAAUAUUCCCACCUGCUAAGACUUCAGGUGUAAAAGGAGAAAAAAUUCCAAUUGAAAAUGUAAAAGAAAUCAGAAGUGAACCCCGACCCACACAGAUAAUAAAAACAAGUGAUAAUAAAAGUCAGUCUAAAUCCAACAAACAGGUAGGAAAAAAUACAGACAAAGAGACCCCCCACAAAACAACAAAAGAAAUCAAAGAAAUUGAGAAGAAAAGAGUUGCUGCUUUAAAAAGACUAGAAGAGAUUGAGCGUAUUUUAAAUGGUGAAUAGCAUUACUCUGUAUCUUGCUACCGUGGUUUCGAAGAACUUAAUGUGCAUCAUGUGAUUUCUUACACUGGGAGCUUUGAAAAACAGCGAGGGCUCAUAAGAGCCUAUCAUGAGCUGCCUCUACAUAGGAUCACAAUAAGAUGUUUAUUAAAGACCUAUCUUACCCCAGGGUAUGUAUUAUCUAAGAUAUGGCUGUAGUUUUCUAAGUUUUGCAGCAGAUAAAUAUUAAAUUAUAGAUGGCAAAUUUGUAUGUUUUGUUAGAGAAGGAAGAGUCUUCUGGCAGAAUAAUCUUGACUAUUCUGAAAAAUAGUCUGAGGCCUGAAUGAAAAUCCCUUGGGG